AAGUAAUCUCUACAACACUAAUCAAGUAACCUCAUUAACACUAACAACGUAAUUUUAAUAACAUUGACCAAGUAAUUCUCAUGAUGACCGGUCACAUAUAAGAAUCUGUAAUUAACUAAUUAAAUAAAUAAAUAAAAGCAAAAAAAUAAAGUUAAAAUAAAAGCUACUCAAUUCAAUAAAGCUAGCCUAUAUAUAAAAAGAAUUUGCAGAAACAAAAUCAUAAACAGAAACAGAGAAAACUUACUUAUAACUUGAUCUUUCACACUUUCUCUCUCCUCAUUUUUUUUACCCCAGAUUACCAAAUUGUCUUAAUCGCCGAAAGUGAAAAAGAGAUAAAUAAAUUGAGCUGAAUGAGCUGAAAAAGGUUGAAUCUUGAAGAUACUUUUACAGAAGUACUGCAUAGAUCUCUGUUUUCUGAAUGGCUCAUUCUCUCUCCUCACAUUGCAAUUCUUGAUUUCUGGAAAUUCUAUGUUUUAGGUAACAUUAAUUAUGAACCUCAUUCGAUUUGCUAGAUCAAGAGAAGGGGUGUUGUGGAGGAAUAUAUUCGAGUCUUAUUUCUUGCCUCGAUGAAAUAUCAGAUGUGAAGGAAUUGUUGCAAUUGCAAUGGAUAUGGAGAGUGGUAUGAGCACGAGCACUGCCACCGCCACCCCCACCACCACCGCCAUCAUCACCGUGAAGGAAAAGUAUCCGGGAGUAAUCAAAGACGGGUCUUGGUUUGCCCAAUUUCGUUAUGGUUGUAAUCCAUGGAUGGCUAGAUAUGUAUAUGGAUUCAUUUUCCUCAUUACAAAUUUUCUAGCAUGGGCUGUUCGAGAUUAUGGCAAAGGUGCAAUGAAAGAGAUGGCAAGAUUGAGAGGAUGCAAAGCCGGUACAGACUGCUUGGGCACUGAAGGAGUAUUGCGCGUGAGCAUGGGAUGUUUUUUGUUUUUCUUCGCAAUGUUCCUAUCCACUGUCGGUACCUCAAAAGUGCAUGAUCAAAGAGAUACUUGGCAUUCAGGCUGGUGGUCUGCUAAAUCUAGCAUGUUUUUUGUGCUUAUGAUGAUUCCAUUUCUCCUUCCAACCCCAAUCGUUGAGAUGUAUGGAGAGAUCGCGCAUUUUGGUGCUGGGAUCUUUCUCUUAAUUCAGCUUGUAAGUGUGAUUAGUUUCAUUUUCUGGCUGAAUGAUAGUUGCCAGUCAGAGAAGUAUGCAGAUAGAUGCCGUGUCCAUAUGAUGUUUACUGCCACCACCGCGUAUGUUCUAAGCAUAGUUGGGAUAAUUUUGAUGUACAUCUGGUAUGCACCAGAAACAUCAUGUCUCCAAAACAUUUUUUUCAUCACUUGGACUCUCGUACUUCUGCAGUUGAUGACAAGCGUCUCCAUGCAACCUAGAAUCAGUGCUGGAUAUCUGACUCCUGGGUUAAUGGGACUUUACAUUGUGUAUCUAUGCUGGGGUGCAAUCCGAAGUGAGCCUCCAGGAACGAAAUGCAACAAGAGGUCGGAAGGUUCAAAUCAAACUGACUGGCUUACCAUCAUUAGCUUUGUUGUUGCACUACUCACCAUAGUGAUCGCAACCUUUUCAACAGGCAUUGAUUCCCAAUGCUUUCAGUUCAAGAAAAAAGAUAAACAACCAGACGACGAUGGUAUUCCAUAUGGUUAUGGUUUCUUCCAUUUUGUUUUUGCGACUGGAGCCAUGUACUUUGCAAUGUUGCUCAUCGGUUGGAAUACACAUCAUGCAAUGAAGAAGUGGACAAUUGAUGUAGGUUGGACAAGCACUUGGGUCAGAGUAGUGAAUGAAUGGAUAGCAGCUUGUGUAUACAUAUGGAUGCUUGUAGCACCAGUAAUACUAAAGAGCAGACAAGCAGAUGAAUUCCCCUGAA